CUGGUUAUAACCGCGCAGAUUAUGUUCACGGGACUCAGAGUUGAAGGCUCCUCUCCCUACCGUAGCAGCUCCGCGCGAGGCCCCCGAGAGAGCCCGGCGCAACUACUUUCUUCCCUCUCCUUUCUCCUUCUCUUUUUGUCCCCUGCUGGGGCUGGCGGCGGCGGCGGGGUGGGAGAGACUUUGAAUGACCGAGCUCGCGUCCACCUUUCUCUUCAUGUCGACGCCCCUGGAAACGGUCACACGGAUGCCAUGGUCACUUCUGCCACGAUCUUACAGGUGAACAAGGUGAUGUCCAUCUUGUUUUAUGUGAUAUUUCUCGCUUAUCUCCGUGGCAUCCAAGGUAACAGCAUGGAUCAAAGGAGUCUGCCGGAAGACUCGCUCAAUUCCCUGAUUAUUAAGCUGAUCCAGGCAGAUAUUUUAAAAAACAAGCUCUCCAAGCAGAUGGUGGACGUUAAGGAAAACUACCAGAACACCCUGCCCAAAGCAGAGGCCCCCCGGGAGCCCGCCAAGCCGGAAUUCCAGCCCAUGACGGCCAUGGGCCCCGAACUGCUGCGGCAUCAGAGACGCUACAACUCCCCCCGGGUCCUGCUGAGUGACAGCACCCCCAUGGAACCCCCUCCCCUGUACCUCAUGGAGGAUUACGUGGGCAACCCCGUGGCCACCAACAGAACGGCACGGAGGAAGAGGUAUGCAGAGCACAAGAGUCACCGAGGGGAGUACUCCGUGUGUGACAGCGAGAGCUUGUGGGUGACCGACAAGUCAUCGGCCAUCGACAUUCGGGGACACCAGGUCACGGUGCUGGGGGAGAUCAAAACCGGCAACUCUCCCGUCAAACAAUAUUUUUAUGAGACGAGGUGUAAAGAGGCCAGGCCUGUCAAGAACGGUUGCAGAGGCAUUGACGAUAAACAUUGGAACUCUCAAUGCAAAACCUCCCAAACCUACGUCCGGGCACUGACGUCAGAAAACAACAAACUGGUCGGCUGGCGGUGGAUACGGAUAGACACAUCCUGUGUGUGUGCCUUGUCGAGAAAAAUCGGAAGAACAUAAAUUGGCAUCUCUCCCCAUAUAUAAAUUAUUACUUUAAAUUAUACAAUAUGCAUGUAGCAUAUAAAUGUUUAUAUUGUUUUUAUAUAUUAUAAGUUGACCUUUAUUUAUUAAACUUCAGCAACCCUACAGUAUAUAAGCUUUUUUUCUCAAUAAAAUCCGUGUGCUUGCCUUCCCUCAGGCCUCUCCCAUCUGUUAAACCUGAUCCUUGUAACCCGGCUCUCGGGAGCCACCGCCCUGUAAAAUCUGUGUACACCAGUAUUUUGCAUUCAGUAUUGUCAAGGCCAUGACUGUCGUUUUAGUAAACUUGUUAAAAUCGGCUGAUGUCAGAGUUGUGUGUAGACA